AGUUUCAGAAAAUAGACGCAUUUCACUUCCGGUGUAAUUGCACUCGAGGAUUUCUCGUGGUUGGGAACAAUCUUUUUGUCUGAAAAAAACAUUGAGGAAACAAUCUAAUUUGUUUCUUACUUCUGAUUCGUUGUAAAUAACAAGAAUGCCGAAGAAUAAAGGAAAGGGAGGAAAGAACAGGAGAAGGGGAAAGAAUGAGAAUGAAAAUGAAAAAAGAGAGUUGGUCUUCAAAGAGGAUGGGCAAGAGUAUGCACAAGUUACAAAAAUGUUGGGCAAUGGUCGCCUAGAAGCGCAGUGCUUUGAUGGAGUGAAGAGGCUAUGUCACAUCAGAGGAAAACUACGAAAGAAGGUUUGGAUAAAUGGUGGUGAUAUUAUAUUACUGGGUCUUCGAGACUUUCAAGACACAAAGGCUGAUGUCAUUCUAAAAUACACAGCAGAUGAAGCCAGAAAUCUGAAAGCCUAUGGAGAACUUCCUGAAUCAACAAGAAUCAAUGAGAAUGUCAAUGAUGAUGAAGAUGAGCACGACAUUGAGUUCGGAAACUUCGAUGGGGAUGAUGAUGAAAUUGAUGAAUUAUAGAGAUCGCUGUCCAAGUAUUUGGAACACACAAAUUGUAACACUGGACUUGUGCUAUGUAGGAUGUCUAUGCAUCUUCUUGGAUGGCACACUUGCUCUGUUUCAUACAUUUUGAUAGUGUCUGUUGUUUGGAGUUCACUCAUAAUUGAACGAACAAUUCUGGAAAAUGUAAGGAUUUUUUUUUAGGUGAUAGGGAUGUAAUGCCAAAUGUUUCAUGCCUAUGGACACCCAUUUUCUUUUGGAUGAGGGAGCUAAAUCUUGAGAAAAAAAUGUGUACUAAAGUCACUAUGCUGAAUGAUUUUAGGUCAAGAUGGAAUGGUGACAUAUGGUUAUUUUUCUCUGAUAAGGUUAUGUUUUUGUAUAGAUAUUUUCUGUCAUCUGUUCACAUGCAGAAUAUGUAUAUGAAACAUAGUUGUAUGUUUUUUAGUCUGAAUGACAGACAUGCACUAUUGAUUAUUGUGUGUUAUAACAAUAGAAUUAUGAUAAUUAUCUUUACCUGCAACCUUUCGAUACAUCAUUUUGCAGUGCUACACAUGUACAUAUUGUGUAGCUGUUACCUUAAAGAGUGUUAGCUGUGUUCUGGACACAAUACUGAAUCACGAAUUGUAUCUCCGUUUCUGUAAGAUACCAUUAGUACCAUUACUACACUGUAUGUUUUUAACUUUUCUAUUAAGAUUAAUAACUAGAAUAGGUAGUAAGUGCUAUGGAUUGAUAAAUUUGAUACAUGUAUUAAGUUUUUUUCAGAUAUUUCAUUUAAGUAUUGUACAUUGUAUUGUCAUUUCAGUUUGAUUUUUGUAACCCUACAUGUAUAUGUAUUUUUAUUUUAUAAAAAAAAAUGCUAUGGUAUAUACUGUUAUCAAGUUCCACAAUGACAAAUAUGUAUGAAUGGCAUUUUUUUUUUUCAAAAUGGGAUUAAAAAGAUUUUCUUUUAGGGAUAAACAUGGGUGAAAUUGAUGUGAUUUUCUUGGAAAUUGAUAGCACUUUUAAUGUUGUAUGUUAAUGUAAACAUUCAUGUAAUUUUAGCUCUUGCAUUUCUUUCAUCUGCUGCCUGUUUUUUUUUUAUAAGAAAAAAAGUAAUUAAUUCAAGGUGCCACAAUAGUGACUUGAAUUACUGCAUCUAAAAUUGUUUACAGUAAGCGCAUUUAUAGUUGUUAAAAAGCAUUAUAAAAUAAGAAAAGAAAAUCCUCACCUUUUUUAUAAAAUCAUCUUUGAAAAAAAAACCUGUAUAAAAACAGAAUAAAAACAUUUUUGUGUU